AAUCAAAAUAACUCAUUUUAUUACAUAUUGUAUAAACAAAUCUGAUUUAAAUCGAAAAUUUCACCAUGGUGCUGUCCAUGGAACGAUGGGUAGGUAAAGUGGCCGUAGUCACAGGGGCUAGUUCAGGUAUUGGAGCUGCUAUUGCAGAGGCUUUGGUCGAACGGGGUCUAAAAGUUGCUGGACUAGCUAGAAGAAAAGACCGUCUCGACGCCUUGGCUCAAAAGCUUUCUAACAAGAAAGGCAAGUUGUACCCAGUUCAAACAGACAUUACCAAAGAAGAGGACAUAAUAAAUGCCUUCAAAUGGAUCAAAGAAAACCUAGGUCCCAUUCACAUUCUCGUAAACAAUGCUGGAGUUCUUGGACAGACAAGUCUCGUGGAUGGGAAUAUUGAAAUUUGGGAAAACAUCCUUGACGUCAACGUCCUCGGUCUAUCCAUAGCUACUAGAGAAGCUAUAAGGGAUAUGAGAGCAAACAACGUAGACGGUCAUAUAAUUCACAUCAACAGCGUGGCGGGACACCAAGUGUCGCAGAUUCCGAAUAUGAAUUUUUAUCCUGCCAGCAAAUUUGCGGUUACGGCCUUGGCGGAAACGUUGAGACUGGAAAUGCUCAAUUUGAAGUUAAAAAUAAAAAUUACGAGUGUAAGCCCUGGGCCUGUGGAUACGGAAAUCUUACCAGCUUCUAUGAAGAGCAAGUAUGAUAGACUUAUCGCAGAAAAACAAAUAAUUGAACCUGAAAAUAUUGCUGACGCAGUUGUGUACGCUUUAUCAACCCCUCCCCACGUACAGAUUCAAGAACUCACUGUAAGAUCAGUUGACGAAUCUUUUAGGAAUGAAAAAUAAAUAUAAACAAGUCGCAAAUGUUACAUUGAAAGUAAUAAAAGUAUGUUGUAAUA